AUGUCGCACCACUACGCAAAGGCCCCUGCUUACGAGCAAGACCAGGACUACGAUAACAGCGACAGCGGUCAACGCCAACCUCAUCAAUCGUUUCCUAGUGCUGCUGCUGGCUUCAGCGGUGGACCGCCACCCGCCUGGACAACCAUUGCUACCACAACAACUUCAGUUUCACCCAUCGAUCUAUACCCACAAACCACAACCACAACAGCGACGACGUAUGCGCUCUCAGAAGUCCAAGGCCGAGAGGAUGAUAACACUCACCAACUACAACAGCAGCAAAUGUUCACCGUACCCAUGACUCCUCCCUCCAACUCCUCCGCACCACAGGACACCGAACACGACGGCGGUGCACCCUCCUCCUCCAAUCCCUCAUCGUCCUCCUCAGCAACAACACAUCAAGGGAGCAGCAGCAGUGCCGCUGGACCUGGAAGGUUACAACCGACUAGGUCAUCGACUCGACCCUCAACAGCUGUCGACGGUGUCUUCUCAAACAUCUCGGCCAAACCUGAAGUCGAAGUUCAAAAAGACGAUGAGCGUCGUCCUCCGACAUACGAAUCAGCGUUGCAGGAUGUGACGCCCCCAUACUUUGAGAUGACCGUCAUGUCGCCUUCAUCGCAGCACGGAGGACGAAGGGACAGUGUCUUUGAAGACGAGAUCCUGGUCGGCGGAUUACCUGUCGGCAAUAUCUUUCAGUUCUUGUGGAAUAUCGCAGUGGCGGGCAGCUUUCAGUUUUUAGGGGUUCUGUUGACAUACCUCUUGCAUAACUCCCAUGCGUCCAAGAGUGGGUCAUUGGCAGGAUUAGGGAUAACACUCCUCAAUUUCGGGAUCCGGAUGCGUGGCGGGCUAGGUACAAUCUUCAACAACGACACCUCCACCAACAACCCAAACCCCUCUACCUACGCAUAUAACCCAAGCAUCGGCGGAGUCACCCAAAUCUCCAAUCCCUCCUUACCAUCCGUGGACGAUACCGGAUACAUUGGUACACCACCUCCUCUGGGGUACGGGUACGAAGCGAAUGCGGAUUCGAGGGAGAUGAAUUGGUUUCAAAUGGACCUGGAGACACAUUGGGUGUCGAUGGUGUUGAUAAUGGCUGGGUGGAUGGUGCUUGUUAAGGCGUUGGCGGAGUAUGCAAUUGCGAAGAGGAUGGAGUCGAUUAUUAAGGCUCGUCCGGAGAAUGAGGAUUUGGAGGAUGGCGGGAUGGAAGAUGAGGAGGAGGAUGAGGAGGAGAUGGAGGAGUUUCUUGAGCGACUUGGGGGUGGCGACAGGGAUGUGAGAGGGGGGAGGUUUGUUGGGUAUAUCUCUAAUGAGGAUGAUAUCUGA